AUGGGACCCGCACAGGCUGAAAUCAACAACAAUUUGGAAACGUACAGCAUCGUUUGGUUGGAUGCUUCAGUUAACAAUGAAGAAAAUAUGAGUGCUCAAAAACAAUUACGAAGCGUAGUUAAUAAUCUACGAACUUUUAUCAAUCCAGAAGAAUUUAUGAAUCAUACUCGUUUGCUUCAACAAGGUGACUUGACAAUUCUGAUUGUAAGUGGUGAAAUGGGUCGCGUUAUAAUUCCCGAAAUGCAGAAAUUAGAACAAGUAUACUCAAUUUAUAUGUAUUGCUUCAGUAAGGAGACAAACUUAGAAUGGAGUCGACCCUACAGCAAGGUGAAAGCUGUUUGUAAUAAACUUGUUGAAUUGAUCGAUGCUAUUCAGGUAGAUCAAAAGCAUCAGAGUCAAAAUGAACAGUCCCUAUCCAUGGACAUCUUGGAUCGGAGUUCAACUGAGCUUAAUGGAGAAUUUCUGCAUUCUCAAUUGUUGAUCGACGUAUUGAUUGGAAUGAAACCGAAUAAACAAGAUCAGAACGAAUUAAUUGAAUUAUUAAUGAAAGAAUAUCAAGGCAAUGAAAGCGAAUUGAAAAUAGUUAAAGAGUUUCAAAAUGAAUAUGCGUCAAACCGCGCAAUUUGGUGGUAUACACGUGACUCGUUUGUGUAUCGUCUAGUGAAUAAAGCGUUGCGUGUGCGUAACGUAGAAAUGAUUUUUUUAAUGCGAAAUAUUAUUCGUAAUGUUUAUGAGCAGUUACGUGCAAAUCAAUUUAAGAAGCGCGCGGUUGUGUAUCGUGGUCAGAUGAUGUCCGAUGUUGAAAUGAAAACAUUGAGAAAAUCAAUUGGAAAUAUAAUAUCAUUCAAUUCAUUUUUAUCGACAUCAUUGAAUCGUAGAGUAGCUGAAAGAUUUUUAAGACAAAGUAUUGUACCAUGCAGUUCUGAUGAUCGUGCAGUUGUGAUAUUUGAAAUUGAGGCUGAUCCUCGUGUAAUAUGUGAUGUGAAUGGUGAUAAUCGACGGCCGUUUGCACAAAUUGAUGAGUUUAGUUAUUAUGGCGAUGAAACAGAGAUAUUAUUUAUGGUUGGUUCAAUAUUUCGUUUGGAAUCUAUUCGCCAAGAUGAUCCAUUCGGUGAUAUGAAAAUAUGGACGAUUCGAAUGAGAUUAUGUGGUGAUGAUGAGAAUGAUCUUAAAAAACUGUAUGAUCACAUGAAGAGCAAAAUAACGAGAGCGGAAAUGAAUCUGAUGUCUCUUGGUUUGACGAUGUGGAAGAUGGGCAAAUUUGAUCUUGCGGAAAAAUACUAUCGUCAAUUUCUAACUAAACUUCCAUCGAAUGAUUCUUCGCUUUCUAAGUUGUAUCAACGUUUCGGCCUGGUGGCUAACUCUAAAGGUGAGUACGACAGUAGUCUCGAAUGGUAUGAGAAAUCGCUCGAGAUAAUGAUGAAAACGCGUCCAUUCGAUUAUGUCAAUAUUGGGAACACACACAACAAUAUCGGCGGUGUUCAUCGAAACAAAGGUGAUAGUCUUCGAGCACUUGAAUCGUAUAAUCGAGCUGUAUCACUGUUCAAAGAAGCAAACGAUGAGAAUCACCCGAACAUGGCCUCGUUUUACGGCAACAUUGGUGGCAUGUACUCCGCAGAGAAAAAGUAUUUAGAAGCACUUGACUUGUAUGAGAAGUCACUUGCUAUUCAGAAGAAGCAUCUUCCAACUGAUCAUCCUGAUUUGGGCUUGUCGUACAACAAUAUUGGUACUGUUCAUGAUCUGCUGAAUGAUUAUGAUCUUGCAUUGGACUAUUAUGGCCGAUCGCUUAAAAUUCGAUUGAAAUCACUUCCGUCUCAACACCCUGAUAUUGCAACUAGUUACAGGAACAUGGGUCUUGCGUAUGAAGUUAAAAGUGAAUUAGAACAAGCAUUGACAUUAAUGAAGAAGUCUAAGAUAAUCUAUGAAGUAGCAUUACCAGUUAAUCAUCCGUAUUUAUUGCUUAUUAAAAAUGAUAUUCGACGCGUCGAAGACAAAACAAAGCGAGUAGAGGCGGCGGAGCGCCAUUUAGCUAGGUGA